AGAUUGUCUUUUCGGUCGUUCGACACAAGACAUUUUUAUUAUUAUUAUUAUUAUUAUACACAAAUGAAACAAAUCUGAUCGUCUGCAUUUGAUAAAAUAGGGACGAUGUUCAUCCGAUGUGACUGUAACUGAACAUUUAUGUACAACAUGACGUCAUGUUCUCAGAGUCGCCCUCUGCUGGUCGGACAAACAGACGCACAUCAACAGUGUUGAACUGUUGAGCUACGUAACAGAUGUGACUGUCGUCAUGGCAGCGAUGGGAAGUCGCUCUCUCGUCCUCUUCUUACUGUCGGUCCUGCUUCAGUCCAGCCCCUUGCUGUCCUACUGCCUGAAGAACUGCACUGUGGGCAAUCCUCACAACGUGUCAGAGGUCCGGGUGGAAUGCGCAGGUCGAGGACUCGCUGCUGUUCCAGAUGACGUUCCCCGACAUGCAGCGUCUCUCGAUCUGAGCUCCAACCAGAUUGUGAAGAUCAGCAGAGGAGACGUGAGCGGUUUGUCACAGCUACGAGAUUUGAAUCUCAAUAAAAACAACAUUUCACACAUAGAGGACGGAGCGUUGCUCGACCUGGUGCAGCUGACGCACCUGAGCGUCGACUAUAACCACCUGACGCAGCUGACGGACCACAUGUUCCAGGGACUCUCCAGAUUAACGUAUCUGUCUCUGCACCUCAACCAGAUCACGUCCAUCUCCCAUCAGGCCUUUCAGCCGCUCGUCAGCCUGAAGACUCUCGUCUUGAGAUUCAACUUCCUGCGUCGUGUUUCUGAUGUGGUGACAGUCUUACAGCUGCAGAACCUACAGGAACUGGACCUGGCGCAGAACAGCUUCAGCUCCUUCCGGUCGGAUGAGCUCCCGGUCAACAUGUCCAACCUCCGGACUCUGCAGCUAAACUCAAACCCACUGAGGAAGUUCAGCGUCACAACGGAUUUCUUUCCUCAUCUUGAAUCUCUUCGUUUGUCUGAGUGCAGCAGUGACUUUGAGUGGGACGUGUCCAACAAGACUUUUCUGCGGAGCCUGCGAACGUUACACCUGAGUGGCGCUGACGCCGGCAUUCGGACCUACAGACGGAUGCUGCAGAGCACAGACGCUCUGGAACAUCUCUCUCUGAGCUUCAUGAAGCUGUCGCUCGACGAGGGUCUGGUUGACUUCGCCUGUCAACUUCCUGCUCUGACCAAACUCAACUUGAGUUGUAACUUUGUUGGAAGGAUAAAUGACAAACUGAUGCAGAAUUGUUCUGAACUCACUGAGCUGAAUUUAUCCGAUAACGAUCUGACAGAGCUGUCGGAGUUUUCUCUCAGAUCCAUGCAGCGACUCAAAUGCCUGGGUUUGCACAGAAACCGUCUGUCCAGAGUCCCGGCCGCCGUCAGAGGCGUGUCGGCGCUUGAAGUCCUGAAUCUGAGUCACAACUUCAUCCCUGAGUUGAGCUGCUCUGACUUCCAGAACCUGACCACGUUAACAGAACUGAAUCUGAACCACAAUCACAUCUCAGUGCUCAGAAGUUGCGUCUUUCACGAUUUAAAUGAGCUGAAAGUAUUGCAUGCUGCUCACAAUGCGAUUUAUUCCUUCCACGAUUCGUUCAGAGUCCGUUUGCAGAAGCUACAGGUUUUGGAUUUGCGCAGUAAUGAUUUCAACAAGCUCAGAGCAGAUAACUUUGGGAAUCUGUCUUCACUCAGGUCGUUGGCUUUGGACUCGGAGACACACUGUUUCGCCGCUGUCGGGGCUUUUCAGGGACUCAGUGAUCUGCAGACGCUCAGUGUUUCGCCCUUCGCUUACAGGCACGGGCUCUUCACCGGACUGCAGCUCCUGGAGAAUCUCCAACUGAAUCAACGUUUUGAACAGAGCAGCGUCGUCUCCAUGGAGAACGACGAGUCGUCUUUCUUCCAUUUACCUUCCUUAAAGAGACUCAAGGUCAAAAAUUAUAACAAAUAUUCGAGUGGUAUCUCAGGAACUCUGCUCCGAGGUCUGGAAUCUCUGGAGCACCUUGCGGCGGAGAGGUUCUUCGUGGAGUCCCCGCACCCGGACACGUUCAGCUACACUCCUCACCUGAAGAGCCUGCAGAUCAUUCAGACUAAUCUGUCCGACCUGAGACCGGAGCUGUUUGAGUCCAUCCCAAACCUGCAGACUCUGGAUCUGUCCAGGAACAAGCUCCGCUCAGUGGACUUCCUGCUCCGGGCCAACCUGUCGGCUCUCAGCCGGUUGACUCUGAGCCACAACGAGUUGAUGGUGAUCAACGAGGCGGUUCUCCAGUCGCUUCCUGCUCUGACAUAUCUGGACCUGGUUGGAAACCCAUUCACCUGCGACUGCUCUAACACCGGCUUCAUCCAAUGGGUAAAGAGCAACAACCAGACUCAGGUUGUUCACGCCUUCCGGUUCGACUGUUUCUUCCCUCUGAGUAAGAAAGGAACCAGGUUGCUGGACUUUGACCCACAGUCGUGUUGGAUGGACGUCAGCUUCCUCUGCUUCCUCUGCAGCACUUGUCUCGUUGUUCUGACUCUGCUCUCGUCCUUCGUCCACCACUUCCUGAGGUGGCAGCUGGUCUACGCCUGCUACCUCUUCCUGGCCUUCCUCUACGACAGCAGGAAGAGGAAGAAAGGUGCUCCUCAUCGCUAUGACGCCUUCGUCUCCUACAACCUUCAUGACGAGGCCUGGGUUUGCGGUGAGAUGCUUCCAGUGCUGGAGGCCGAGCAAGGCUGGAGACUCUGUCUGCACCACCGAGACUUCCAACCAGGUAAACCCGUCAUCGACAACAUCACUGACGCCAUCUACGGGAGCAGGAAGACGAUCUGUGUUCUGAGCCGCCGCUACCUGCAGAGCGACUGGUGCUCCAGAGAGAUCCAGAUGGCCAGCUUCCGUCUGUUUGACGAGCAGAAGGACGUCCUGAUCCUGUUGUUUCUGGAGAACAUCCCGUCCCGGCUCCUGUCUCCGUAUCACCGCAUGAGGAAGCUGGUGAAGAGACGGACCUACCUGGUCUGGCCUGAGGCCGGGCGACACCCAGGACUCUUCUGGCAGAACGUCCGCAGAGCUCUGGAGACCGGAGACGCUGCCGCCGAGACAUCAGAUUUGCUGACUGGACCUCGUAGACACUGACUGGACCUCGGAGACGCUGACUGGACCUCGGAGACGCUGACUGGACCUCAGAGCUGCUGACUGGACCUCGGAGCUGCUGACUGGACCUCGGAGACGCUGACUGGACCUCGUAGAUGCUGACUGGACCUCGGAGCUGCUGACUGGACCUCGUAGAGGCUGACUGGACCUCGGACACACUGACCGAACCUCGUAGAUGCUGACUGGACCUCGGAGACGCUGACUGGAACUCGUAGACGCUGACUGGGUCUCGGAGCUGCUGACUGGACCUCGGAGACGCUGACUGGACCUCGGAGACGCUGUUUUCAUCCUGUUUUGUCUCCAUAUAAAGUAAAACAUGAUUUUGUAAAAGUUGUGAUGGAAAUAAAGUGUCUAAUGUCCCCAA